CUGAAGUAUACAGUUGGCGGGGUGAAUAACCUUGGAACCGGCCUUGCGUUUAGAGCUCACUUCAAUGUUGACGUUCGAACCAAUCAGUCGAAUAGCUGUUGUCAAAUGUUUGGGACCACGUUUAGUUUUGUUCUUUAAAACAUUUGCUUUAUUCUAUGUUCUUUAUCCGAAAUAUGAGUCGACUGUGGGUUAUUGUGUUUUUAAAUGCGCACCUAUUUUAUCACUUGUUGCGUUUGUUUAUAUGUAUGGGGUUAAGAUACCAAACAAUCAAGCCUAUUCUUUAAAAAUUUUCCUUGGUCUUCUAUUCUCUUGUCUAGGCGAUGCAUUUUUGGUAUGGCCUAGUCUUCUUAUUCCUGGCAUGGCUAUGUUUGCCAUUACACAUAUAUUAUACAUUUACGCAUUUGGUUUUCAACGUUUAAAACUAUCUAUAUUGUUCAUUUUACUGCCAAUACUUCUCUGUGUAUGUGUUUCUGUAAAAGAAGGACUAGACGGUAUCAAUACACUUGUUAUUCCAGCUUAUGGAUUAAUAUUAGUAAUUAUGGUAUGGCGUGCAUUAGCCCAAUUAACUAAACAUGAAUAUUCUAUACCAUGGACAUGUAUAGCUUCUGCCGUUGGUGGAUUACUAUUUGGUGUAUCUGAUACUAUAUUGGGAAUUUGUUUAUUCUCUAGUGAUAUAUCGUCAUUUAAAUGUAAUUUAAUUUUACCAACGUAUUAUGCUGGUCAGUUGUUGAUUUCUGUAUCUGUUGUUGAUAGUCAUUUAACAUCAAUAAAAACGAGUCCAUAUCAUGAAGAUAAAAAGCAGUUGUAGUUGCGUUCCUUUAUUAAAUAAAAAGCCUUUUCUUCCAUCACCUGUUUAUUUUCUCUACUUUUUGACACAUAUUUGUCUUCAUUACUUCUUUGUACUUUUUAGCUUGCUUAUUAUUUCACGAUGUGUUUAUAUUGUUGUUCAUAGUUGAUGAUAAAUAAAUAAACGCUUAUUUUUGCA